AUGCCUGGCAAGACAUGGGCUCCUUCUGCCGGUGCUCUGUUGGUGCUUCUUUGCGCACAAGUCACUGGCCCUUGGUGCUACCUGUUGUUCCUGCUCGACAGACCUGACUGGAAAGAAAACGUCAUGCAAAUGCGGACACGCCUGCCUCCUCCGCGGCCAAAUCGAGAGCAAUGGUUGGCCUCUUGGUCAAAAGUAGCGCAGCUGCACGCGCGGUGUCAUCGGAAUUGGCUGUGCUCUCCGGAGAGGGCGGGAGAAACGCUGGGGCAUUUCUGUGGGCACACUAUUAAGGCCUUUGGUAUCUUUGUCGGCGGCACCAGUAUCAGGCGGGAAUUAGCGGAAACGCAGUUUCCCCGACUCUUGUGGCAGAUUGAGCAUGCAUGCUCGCAUGCUCUCGGCGGUGAUAUUAUUCUAGAACUUGUGGGAUCCGCAGUUCGUGAUACUGCCAGUUUUGGGUCUUUCAAUGCUGCAGAUGGUGAUCUCGACAUCCAGGUCUCCAGGCGACCGGGUUCCGGGCGAGAUGAUGAGCCUUUCACAGAGACUGACAAGCGACGCGUCGCGCAGAAUCUGGAAAAGCUGGAGUGUAUCUCCAAUGUGACCGUCGGGAGGAUUGCUAUCAAGUUUGCUGUGGGAGCAAUACCUUCGCAAGUUGUUGAUCUUGUGCUUUGGAGGGAGCGACCAGAGGAGUUUCCAGCACUUCGCGGAGGGUCGAGCUUCUGCGACAAUUCAAAGAGGAUCAACGCUUUCUUGGAUCAAACACCUGCCGCAAGACAUGCCAUCAUUGCGAUUAAGAGCUAUUUCAGCCGUGACCGUCCCAAAGGGCUCCUGCUUGAGGCCAUUGCCUGGCGGCUGGGGUCCAUGAAGCCGGAGUUCAAGACGAUUUCGAGAAAAGUCGUGGGAAGAAGCGAGCUGGAACGUGUGGUGGCGUCUUUCACAUUUUUCGAAGCGAUGUUUGAGGAACUCCGGAAUUGGAAACGGUCACCUCAUUUCAGCCGCGAGCUUCAACAAGAUUUGGCUAUGCUUUCGGACAAGAAGAGGGGCGAGUACACUGCGGGCUUCGAGGAAAUCGCGCGCAUCACGGAUGGAGAGCUUGCAUUCAAAUUUCUGUUGGGUGCAUGUGAGCUUCGAGCAAGAAACCUCGCGGAGCAGAACUGCCACAAGGUUCCCGAUGCAGCGGAGGAAGCACUCAGAUAUUAUUUCUCCACGCCAACUCAAGAGCUAUGGUUGGCUUCUUGGUCAAAAAUCGCGCAGAUGAAGGCACGAUGUUAUCGGAAUUGGCUGAGCUCUCCGCAGCUGGCGGCGGAAACACUGGACAAUUUCUCCGUGGACACUGUGAUGGCCUUUGCUGCCACAGUUAGCGUUGGCGGCGGCACCGAUUUUGUAACAUCUUGGCAUCGGAUGAUUUUGUCGAGCAUUGAGCACGCAUGCUCGCAUGCUCUCGGCGGUGACAUUGUUCUGGAAUUAGUGGGAUCUACAGUGCGCGACACAGGCAGUCUUGUGGGUUUCAUUGGUAAAGAUGGUGAUCUGGACAUCCAGGUCUCCAGGCGACCGGGUUCCGGGAGAGUUCAUGAGCCUUUCACAGAGACAGACAAGCGACGCGUCGCGCAGAAUCUGGAGAAGCUGGACUUUAUCUCGAAUGUGACCAUCGGCAGGAUUGCUAUCAAGUUUGGCAUAAGCUCAUUUCUAAAUGUCGAUCUUGUGCUUUGGAGGGAGCGACCAGAGGAGUUUCCAGCACUUCGCGGAGGCUCGAGCUUCUACGACAAUUCAAAGAGGAUCAACUCUUUCUUGGAUCAAACGCCUGCCGCAAGACAUGCCAUCUUUGCGAUUAAGAGCUAUUUCAGCCGUGGCCGUCCCAAAGGACUCCUCCUAGAGACCAUUGCCUGGCGGCUGGGGUCCAUGAACUUGGAGCUCAAGACUAUCUUGAGAAGAGUCGCAGACGGAAGCAUCCCCGAAAAUCUGGGGUCCUUCAUGUUUUUCUCAGCGAUGUUCGAAGAACUCCGGGAUUGGAAGCGUGCACCUCAUUUCGGCCGCGAGCUUCAACAAGAUUUGGCUAUGCUUUCGGACAAGAAGAGGGGCGAGUACACUGCAGGCUUCGAGGCAAUCGCGUGCAUCACCGAUGCAGGUGAGCACGCCGCAAUGCUUUAUCUGAUAGAUCAUAGCUACCGUCAUAUGGAGGAAGGUCGCAGCAGCUUGUCGUCGCCAGCAACGCGUCUGAGGAUUCUUGAGGCCUCGACGCAAGCAAUGGAGGAGAAGGAGGCGCGGCUGCGCGAGAUGAUCCUCAGCCUCCAGGCAAAGGUCGCGAGACUGGAGAAGGUGAUGGGUGGCAGGUCAUGGGGCAACGCCUCCAUAUUGCCCCAGUCCUUGCAGAGAGCUCUUCCGGCGCUUGCGGCGCAAAGUACGCCGAGCCUUUCUCAUGUGGAUGUGGCGGUGGCCUCGCACAGGAUCAAGUCCCUCCCGCAGCUGACGCUCUGGCGGCCGACGGAUGACUCCGAGGCCCUUCGUGCUGGGCGUGCUGUGGCGAAUCACAUCAAGGAGCUAUUUCCAGACCCGUCUCUUCCAGCGGCCGACACUUACGACUUGAAGAUCAUGAGUCGUCUCGACUUGGCUGCUUGCCAGGAAGCCCCUCAGCAGCUAGAAUGA